AUGGUCAAUAAUUUUGAUCGUCUGCAUCUGCCUUACGAAGAUAGACUGGAUAAACUGGCUUUGUGUUCUUUCAAUUACAGGCAUCCACACGAUGACCUUAUUAAGACCUACGAACUUUUCAUUGGCUGUGAGUGCGCCCUAGAAUUUGAUAAAUUCUUCGAAUUAGCUCGGACGGACCAUCUGCGGGGUCGUCUUCUUAAACUGCACGGGGAGUGUGCCCAUAUAGAAGCUAGACGGAACGCCUUCCAUCAGAGGGUCAUCGGAACGUGGAACGGACUCCCUGACGAGGUGGUCUUUUUAGAACCUGUCGCGACAUUUAAAUGCAAACUCUCAUUUGCUGAGAAACUGUUGUACAUGCAACGAACACUGUGUUAG